UACACGAAGAAGAAUCUCACGCAAACUGUCUUCAAAAGUUGGCAGUCCUGUGCGUUAGAAAAUAAUACCGAUUGUCAGUUGCUAGCCUAUUCUACGUUUAGUACAUUAUCCAUAUAGUAUAUUAUUUAUGGUAAAUUCUAUGCUAGUCUGUUACCUAGUUGUUAUUUAAUUUUCCCGUUGUUGAUUUGAUAGCAGGUAACUACAGGAACUAGGUAUAGUUUGUGUAGCUAGCCUAACGUUAGCUAACGUAAAUGUUGUUCAGUUACACCGGCUCAGAAGAAUAUGCAGCUAUGUUGUCAUUGAUGUUUAUUGCUCUGUUGGGUUUAUUUAGGGUGUCUGUUUCUGGUUUAAAAGCCCCUAGUUCUCUGUAGUUGGUUAGCUAGCUAUUCCAUUGGCUAACGUUAGACAUUUUAACAUGAAGACGUCAACAAGUGCGGUCGUGAUGCACAUCUUCACUGUUGCUGUAUGCAGCUUAUUGCUGGUUGCUCAAGGGCAGCUGGACGACGACGAAUGGCUUGAUCCGCAUGAUAUGUUGAACUACGAUGCAAGCUCAAAGACCAUGAGAAAGCCUGCUCAGCCUGCUGAGCUGAACAAUUACCCUAAUGUACCCACCAAAAGAAGGGAAUACAGCCAGGAUGUGGAUAAAAUGGAAGUAAGGGAGUGCAACAACAAAGUGGAAGGGUUACAAAGAGAGAUUGAAGAGUACAAGAAGAAGAUUACACAGGUUGCACAGCAGCCGUCAAGCAACCCAGUGUUCAAGCGAUUCCUCACCAAGCUUCUGAAGGAGAUUGAAAAAGUUGGCCUGCCCACCGAUCUCAAGAACGAUAUCCACUACGACGCCAAAGUGAAACUGUCUCGGCAAGCGGUGACGGAGAUCCGGAAGCUUCUGGAGGGAAUGGACACCUGGAGAACGGGGGCUUUGGACAAUGCCCUCAGUCAGAUCCUGGUGGAUCUCAAACCACAUGACUACGAGGCCUGGAUAUGGCACUUUGAGGACACCUUUGGUGUGGAGAUCGACACAGUCAUGAAGGUGUCUGUGUGGGUCUUAAUCAUAGUGGUCAUCAUCUGCAGUGAGCUGUGGUCUACAGUCUCCUGGUUUGUCCAGUUCAAGAGAAUCUUUGCCAUCUGCUUCUUCAUCAGUCUGGUCUGGAAUUGGUUCUAUCUCUACAAGAUUGCGUUUGCCGAGCACCAAAACAAAAUGGUGAAGAUGGAGGGCGUCGACGCAAAAUGCACUGGGAGGAAGAAAAUUGACUGGUGGGAUAACUUGAAGGAUUGGUACAGAGGUGCCAUGACUCUCCAAGACGAUCCAUGUAAGAUGUACUACGAAGUCCUCAUGGUCAACCCCAUCCUUCUCGUACCACCAACUAAGGCUAUCACUAUGACCAUCACCACCUUCUUCACGGAGCCUCUGAAGCACAUUGGUCAGGGGAUCAGCGAGUUCCUACGAGCCCUCCUCAAGGACCUACCGGUCACCUUGCAGAUCCCUGUGCUAGUCACCAUCGUGCUCUCCAUCCUGGUCUUCAUGUAUGGCAGCGCUCAGGCCGCUAUCCAGCAUGGCAUCACCAGACCGCUGCGUGUCGGUGGGCCCAGGGAUCCCUCUCCCCCAGCCUUGGAUCAGCCCAUGCCUGAGGCCCGUCUGAGAGGGACAGACCACAACCCACAGGCAGGGGGGGACGCCCCUCAAUACUCCCCUCUCCCGCUUAGACGCCGACUAGGACCAGCAGCCAACCAGGGGGCUCAGGACAGGACCUAUGUCGGCCAGAGGAGCCCCCCCCCCAGGGCGCAAAAGGAACCGACCAGGAGGUACGUGGAGACCCUGAGGAACACCGACUGGCGGUACAGCGAGGACAAGAUUAUCUCAGAGUGUUGGGAAGAUUUCACUGAUGCAGAGGAUACCAACCUGCUAACGGUAGAGGGUAAUGCCAACAUUCAGGCAGAUAUGCAAGAAGAACCAGUUGAAGUUGGAUCCACAACAGAAGGCAAUGACUCGCAAGAAGCUAAACCCUCUCCAGUGAAAGCUAAAGCCAAACCAGAUGAGGACGUGGCAUCUGACUCUAAAGGGGCAGCUGAUAGCAUGGCUGAGCACCAGGCUGAGUAUACUGGAGGUCGCGCCAGCCCAGUGCAUGCAACUCCAGCAAGUGGUCUCGGGCACGAGCAAGAUGAGAAAUUCUUGAAACACGAACCAGAGAGCGUGUCAGUCGCUGCUCAGCUUAAGUAGCACAUCCAGUGUAGCAGGUCUGAUAGGCCAAUACAUAGGCUUCAUUCUAAGCGGUAUGCUAAUGGAUAUUGGAAACUGUUUCUGGGUACAGUCAGUAAGCCCCCUGUCCUUGUAUGUUAAAAUGCUUACCACAGCAUUUUAUAUGGGAUGAUUCAGAUUCUACAUAAAUUGGUAAAUUGUACCUUUUCUUAAAUCAGCUAAUUCAGUGUUUUUAAAUUUGUUACUCCUGUUUUCUUUUUGCUGUCUCACGUUGUUAUUGCUUUUGUUUGUGUGCCUGGUCAAUGUGCAUGUACUGUCAACACAACACCCAUGUUUAUGAAUGACGUAUGUAUGUUGUGCAAUAAUCCUGUCACUAUUUUGUGGCAACUCGCCAUCUCUUCUGAAAUGAUGUGAAUUAUGUUUGUGUUUAGGGCUUGACAUUUUAUAGAUUUGAGUUCACAUCACCAUAUCAAACAGUUUCCCUGAUCAGAAUAGAAUCACUGGUGUCUGGAUGCAAUGGAUUGCUGUUCUCCCAAUAUCGGAGCAGGAUUGCACUGAUAGGCAGAGCGGUCUUUCAAUCAUCCCUGGUUGCGAGAUCCGUGUGUAGCCACACGUGCACAUUUGUUGAUAUUCCUUGCUAAUUAGUGAGUUAUUUGCACAGUUAUAGCAAACAGGCUUCAUAUGGUAAUGAAAAUCAUGUAAAAGUCAUGGUGUUGGUGCAUCGGCUGCAUGUAUGCAUGCGAGUGGGCCGGGAGAGGGAGACAUUGCAGCAUGUAGGCCUAGCCUGUAAAAUAAAGACGAGACAGCCAAUUCAACACAUCUUGUAGCCUGGCUAGUUAACUACAGUGCAUUCGGAAAGUAUUCAAAUCCCUUUCCUUUUUCCCCACAUUGUUACAUUACAGCCUGUAACGUAAUGAAUUCAUUGUUUUCCUCAAGCUACACCAAUACCCCAUAGUGACAAAGCUGAAAUAAUUUAUGUAAACAAGUAUUCAGACACUUUGCUAUGAUACUCAACAUUAAGCUCAGGUGCAUCCUUGAUAUGUCCACCUGUUGUAAAUUCAAUUGAUUGGACAUGAUUUUGAAAGGCACACCUGUCUAUAUAAGGUCCCACAGUUGAUAGUGCAUGUGAAAACCAAGCCAUGAGGUUGAAGGAAUUGUUCGUAAAGCCCUGAGACAGGAUUGUGUCGAGGCACAGAUCUGGGGAAAGGUACCAAAACAUUUCUGCAGCAUUGAAGGUCCCCCAGAACAGUGGCCAUCAUUCUUAAAUGGAAGAAGUUUGGAACUACCAACACUCUUCCUAGAGCUGGCCACCUGGCAAACUGAACCAUCGGGGGAGAAGGGCCUUGGUCAGGGACGUGACCAAGAACUCAAUGGUCACUGAUUGAGCGCUAGAGUUCCUCUGUGGAGAUGGGAGAACCUUCCAGAAGGACAACCAUCUCUGCAGCACUCUACCAAUCAGGCCUUUAUGGUAGAGUGGCCAGACGGAAGCCACUUCUGAAUAAAAGGCACAGGACAGCCCGCUUGGAGUUUGCCAGAAGGCACCUAAAGACUCUCAGAACAUGAGGACUCUGACCAUGAGAAACAAGAUUCUCUGCUCUGAUGAAAACCAAGAUUAUGGUAUUGCCAGCCUAGAGUAUUUGAAAAUAACCUCUGAUUCGCUAUGCAUCAAUACUCAAGUGUAAAUUCUGAAACUGUGUGCUCAUGUUUGUUUGUGUGCUCAUGUUGCGUGCGUGCCUGUUGUCAUGAUGUGCCCUGGGGGGAGGAUCAUAGCCCCCCCCCCCCUCCUCUCUCUCCAGUAUUAUGGCUUUACGACAGGUAAGACACAUGGUAGAAACUGCCAUGCAGUAUUGAGGGAGAGAGUCGAUCAGAAAAGAGCUUCUCUUAGUUUAAAACUCCUAAUCCCAAAAUGGGAGAACUAAACAAUAUUUCUACUUUUGGGAAUGGUCCGUGGACAGUCAUGUUGAGUGCGUUUCAUUUGGUACGUGCGCAUAGACGUUACACAUUACGUCGUCGUCAUGGAACCGCCCUUUUCUACUCCAGAGUAUAAAACCACCCGUGAUGAAAUGUACAUUUCAUGCCAAAGAGACCCCACCUUAAGCCGGACGUCUCGAAUGGUUAAGAAGUUAGAGAACGCCGGGACAGAGUCCCAACGUUGGAAUGGCUACAAUUCUAUAGGCCACGGAAACCAUACAGCUGUAGUUUAGCUACACGGCUGGAAAUGGUUAAACUCAGUCUAUCGAUCACAACAGAAUAAGAGCAAAUCUUAGACGUAUAAUUACUAGUCUGCAGCUAGUAAUUAUGUAAAUCUAGAACGAGAAUACCGACAACCGCCAAAACAUCAACCCCAUAAGAACAUUUCCGAAUGGUACUCUGAAGUAACCAUUCUAACCACCUACAACCACGAAAGGCAUUGUGACUUUUGGGAAAGUGAACCAGACACUUUGAACUCUAUAGGACGAUCGAGUAUUCCAACAGAGAAGACAACGUCAUACGGGCAUAAAUAUAUACAUAGCAAUUAUUCUUGAAUGAGGGGCCUUAAAUGUGCGAAUGAUUAGCAUUUCAAUAAUUAUAAUUAUCCACUGUGUGUAGUGAAUCCAUUUUGUCUUUCCCGCUCUCGCAGUCCACACCCCUCUCCUUUGUCUACCAAGCCGUCAUAUCUGCUAAGGACUUUUCUAUCACUAUUAGUAACCAAUAUCUACUGUUUUAUCUUAUUCUGUGUGAUUAUUUGGUAAAUAAAUAAUUUAGACAAUU